AUGUCUUUACGUUUGUUGACUAAGAGAAGUGUUUUUAAUCAAGUUAAGGUAUCUAGUGGGUUUGUUGCUCGUAGAGCUGUUGUUCCAUUGGUUUCAUGUCGUUUGAACUCUACCGUUGCUGAACCAGCUGCUACUGGUGCUGCAGCUACUCCAGUUGAUCCAAAGAUUUCUAAGAUUGUGGAAGAAAUCUCUAAAUUGACUUUAUUAGAGACCUCUAGUUUGAUCAAGGAGUUGAAGACACAAUUGGACAUUCCAGAUAUUGCCAUGCCAGUUGCAGGUGUUGCAGCUGCUCCAGCUGGAGGUGCUGCUGCUGAAGAAGCUGCUGCUGAAGAAGAAAAGCCUCAAGAAAAGAGUGUAUUUGGUAUUAAAUUAGAAUCCUUCGACGCUAAAUCUAAGCCAAAGAUCAUUAAGGAAAUCAAGAACUUGUUAGGUUUGUCCUUGGUGGAAGCAAAGAAAUUUGUUGAAGCAGCUCCAAAAUUAUUAAAGGAAAACGUUGCCAAAGAUGAAGCUGAAAAGAUUAAAACUACCUUAGAAGGUCUAGGUGGUAAGGUUACUUUGGAAUAA